GUUCAGGCUGAACUUUCAAUGGACGCACUCCUCUAACCGGACUUUCCUCUAACCGGACUUUCCUCUAACCGGACUUUCUUCUAACCGGACUUUCCUCUAACCGGACUUUCCUCUCCCGUUCGCCCGCCUGAGGAGGAAGUGCAGCCCGGGGCGGUUCUCCUCACCUCUCUGCUGAACCUGAGACUCUUCCCGGAGGAACCUGUGGAGGAGGAACAUCUCCAUUUGAACUUCCGGACAAGCUUCCUGCUGCUGGUGUUCUUCUUCUCCCCUCGGGUGUGAUCCUCCCAUCGAGCACCAUGUCUCUGAAGACCAGCCAGAAGACGACCACCACCUCCUACCGGACCGUGAACGUGGCCCCUCAGGAGCAGGUGUCCCCCACCUCCUACCGGACCCUGAGCCUGGCUCCCCAGCAGCAGGUGUCCACCACCCUGCUGUCCUCCGGGUCCGUGUCCCCUCAGAGCGACUACUCCUACGAGACGGUCCGGUACCUGGUUCCGGUGCAGCAGGGCAUGCAGCAGCAGCACCACCAGAACUUCGUGAUGAUGCCUCAGCAGAUGAUGCAGCCCAUGGUGCAGCCCAUGAUGCAGCAGGUGAUGCAGCCCAUGGUGCAGCCCAUGAUGCAGCAGAUGGUCCGGUGCGUGUCCCCCAUGUACGUGCAGACCCUGCCCCGGCAACAGCUGCUGAGCGUCAGCAGCCAGGAGUCCGACCUGUACCUGCAGCAGCAGACCGUGGAGAGCAUCAGCGGGAAGUCGUCGUCGUACAGCCUGUCGUCCAGUCCUGUCAAGAGCCCUGAGCCGAGCGCUGAGGAGGAGGAAGAAGAGGAGGAGGAGGAGGAAGAGGAGGAAGAAGAGGAGGAAGAAGAGGAGGUAGAGGUGGAGGAGGUGGAGGUCAUCAACAUCAUACAGCAGAAGCCUCCGCCGGCGAUAGAGAGGAUCUCCCGGACGGAGGUGAGGAGCGAGCUGAGGGAGGUGCAGCAGCCGACCAAGAUGGACACGCGCUACUUCGGCGAGCUGCUGGCCGACGUCUACCGGAAGAACUGCGACAUCCACUCCUGCAUCUCCGAGCACGUGUCCAAGAUCCGUGGACAUAAACAUCAGCUGGAUCCCAGCAACGACUACAAGGUGGAGAAGGAGGAGGUGGAGGCCUUGAUUCCCAAAGGAGGAACUGAACUGACCAAGCAGCAGAUCCGUUACCUGCUGCAGACUCGUCUCACUGCAGAUAAGAGCAUGCGCCUCCUGCUCUCCACCUUCAGCAGUCUGAGGGAGGAGCUCCUCCACAUGUCCGAGGACCUGCGGCGUCUGGAGAUGGAGAAGGAAUCCCUGGAGCGAGAUCUGAGCUUCAAAGCCGACCAGGCCAAGCAGUACGACGUCCUCCUAGAGGCCGUCCGGGACAACAACAGGCAGCUGCAGCUGUCCCUGAAGGAGACCAGUUCCUCCCAGCGCUCCCUGGAGACUCAGCUGUCCAGCAGCAGAAACACCGACUCCAGCCGCGAGUUCAAGGUCAAAGAGCUGGAGGGAAGGAUGAGGGCGAUGGAGAAAGAGAACGAGAUGCUUCGGACCAAGGUGGCCGGUCAGGGCAGCAGCACCACCCUGCACCUGAAGACGGAGGAGCUGUCCCGUCAGUACAACGACCAGCUGAGCUCCAUGAGACAAGAGAAGGACUCAGAGAUAACCAGGCUCAGGACCCAGAUCACACGGAUCCAGACUGAGACGACCAGCGAGCAGUCGUCGUCGGACAAGAGCCUCCACCUGAAGAUCUCGGAGCUGCUGGUCAUGUUGGAGCAGCGGCAGACCACCAUCACCCGGCAGGAGGAGGAGAUCAAGAAGCUGAUGAGGGACAAAAACGACAGCUCCAAGAACACCACCAAGACCGUCAUCACCAAGAGAUACAGGAACCAGUACCCUAUCCUCGGGCUGCUCGGCGACGACUACGUUUCGAGUCAUUCACCGAUCAAAGAGGACAAGACCAUCGUCAUCGAGAGAACAACUGGAGAGAUCAUCAAACAGGAAAUCAUUACUUCACCUUAAAGACACACUGCUUCUCUCCGACAGGCAUGAUCGAACGACAAG